AUGGCAAGGUUUGGAUGUGUGUUAACUACAAAGAUCUCAAUCGAUCAAGUCCCAAAGAUAAUUUCCCGCUCUCACACAUUGAUACCCUCGGCGACAAUACAGCUGGAAAUGCUCUUUUCUCCUUCAUGGAUGGCUUCUCAAGAAGAAGAAGAAGAGGCUUUGAAGGAUGAAGUUUGGAAAAUGAAUUUCGAUGGUGCCUCAAAUGUCGUGGGAUAUGGAAUUGGGGCAAUACUAGUUUCACCUGAAGGAGAUAAUUAUCCUUUUACUAGUCGGCUCGCCUUUGAAUGUACAAACAAUAUGGAAGAGUAUGAAGCAUGUAUCUUGGGUAUUCGAGCUACAAUUGAGCACAAGAUUAAAAUCUUGGAAGUAUUUGGUGAUUCUGCUCUAGUCAUUUACCAACUUCACGGAGAAUGGAUGACUCAAGACUCCAAGCUGAUAGAAUACAAGAAUCUAGUGAUGGAUUUGAUCAAUGAGUUUGAAGAGAUUACUUUCACCUAUCUCCCACGCGAAGAAAAUCGAAUGGUGGAUGCCUUGGCUACGUUAGCUUCCAUGUUCAAGGCCAACGAUCAAGAUUAA